CAACAMACUCCAUAUUUUGGGGGUAAGGGUUGUUUAUCAGAUAUGUGUUUUAGACAUAUUUGUAUGCCUUGUGCAGGGUGAUGCUGGUCACAGCUGAGUUGCAUUGGGAGUCGUCAGGUUUUGCCACAGCCCUUCCUCUCCUGCUACAGGCCCUGGCCCUGGCCAGACAGCACCACCUACAGGCCCUGGCCUCCGAGACCAUCCUUCACCUGGCUUUCACURAGUUGAUGCUGGGGGUGCCGGAGCAGGCUCUGGGUGUCCUUCAUGAGGCGAUGGAGCCCAUCCUGGCCCACGGAGCGGUCAUGGAUAAGGGCAGAGCUCUGCUGCUGGCAGCCCGCUGUCAGAUGGCAUAGGCUUGGGACCCGGUCCAAUGGCCAGAGGCAUGCAGCUUUAGGCCUGGCUGUGCAAUCGCUGGGAGGGCUGCAGCCUACUUCUCCAUGCUGGACGUAAGGAGCGUCUCCGUGACGUCCACUACCUGCAGGCCCGGCUGCACCACACCCUGGGACAAACCCCCAGCGCAACAAAUGUGCCAUGCUGUUCCGC